AUGGUACGAGGCAUCUCGUUUAAGAAUACUUAUAAUGCGCCGGGAAGUGUGACGUCACGUAAUGAUAUAAAACCAGCACUUGCAGCUUUUGUAGACGGAGAUAAAGCAGUCUUCCAUCAGUGUGGCUUUUAUGGUCUGCAAGAUACUUUGUGGGACGGACCUGGUCGUCAUCGGUACACCGAAUGCUACAUCGAAGGUGUAAUCGAUGUCAUAUCUGGUACUGGUCAAUCUAUAUACGAGAAGUGUGUGAUAAAUAUACCAAUCAACGUAUAUGCUCCAAUAUUAGGACAUGGUUACAUAACAGCUCAAGGAAAGGAAGCUUCAAGCCAUACCAAUGGGUUUGUAUUCAUUGAAUGCUCAGUGAUUGGAAGUGGAACUGUUUAUCUUGGGAGGGCUUAUAGACGUUUCUCCACAGUUAUUUAUCAUAAAUCAUUCCUAUCAUCUUGUGUUAACCCUGUUGGUUGGCAUCCUUGGACACAAGUUGGCCACGAGAUGGAUUUUACGUAUGUGGAAUCAGGUUGCACUGGACCAGGAGCAGACAUUUCGAAGCGUGUGCCUUGGAUUAAGAAUCUUAAUAAAUAUGAUCUUAGACGUUUCAUCGAUAUUUCUUUUAUUGAUCAAGAUGGUUGGACUAGGAAGCUUCCUCAGUUUUAG